GGAGCCAUCAUGGCGGCGGCCAGAGGCCUACCCGGCUCCCGGAAGCAGGCUGUGAGGGGCGGGCGCGCUGCUGGAACCCAAACCCGAGCCCAAGGCGGAGGUAGAGCGGGCAGGGCGGCCGGGCGGCCUGGAGCCGGACGUGUCCGGGGCGUCCCCGCAGACCGGGGCAGCAGGUCGUCCGGGGGCCCGCCAUGCUGGUGACUGCCUAUCUUGUUUUUGUGGUCCUCCUGGCCUCCUGCCUGGGGUUGGAACUGUCAAGAUGCCGGGCUAAGCCCCCUGGAAGGGCCUGCAGCAACCCCUCCUUUGUUCGGUUUCAACUGGACUUCUAUCAGGUCUACUUCCUGGCCCUGGCAGCUGACUGGCUCCAGGCCCCCUACCUCUAUAAACUCUAUCAGCAUUACCACUUCCUGGAGGGUCAGAUUGCCAUCCUCUAUGUCUGUGGCCUCGCCUCCACAGUCCUUUUUGGAUUGGUGGCCUCCUCCCUUGUGGAUUGGCUGGGUCGCAAGAAGUCUUGUGUCCUCUUCUCCCUCACUUACUCUCUAUGCUGCUUAACCAAACUCUCUUGGGAUUACUUUGUGCUGCUGGUGGGCCGAGCACUCGGUGGGCUGUCCACGGCCCUGCUGUUCUCGGCCUUCGAGGCCUGGUACAUCCAUGAACACGUGGAGCGUCAUGACUUCCCUGCUGAGUGGAUCCCAGCUACCUUUGCCCGAGCUGCCUUCUGGAACCAUGUGCUGGCUGUAGUGGCAGGUGUGGCAGCUGAAGCUGUGGCCUGCUGGAUGGGGCUGGGGCCUGUAGCACCCUUUGUGGCCGCCAUCCCUCUCUUGGCUCUGGCUGGGGCCUUGGCCCUUCAUAACUGGGGAGAGAACUAUGAUCGGCAGCGUGCCUUUUCAAGGACUUGUGCUGGAGGCCUGCGCUGCCUCCUGUCGGACCGCCGCGUGCUGCUGCUAGGCACCAUACAAGCCCUGUUUGAGAGCGUCAUCUUCAUCUUUGUCUUCCUCUGGACGCCUGUGCUGGACCCACAUGGGGCUCCGCUGGGCAUUGUCUUCUCCAGUUUCAUGGCCGCCAGCCUGCUUGGCUCUUCCCUGUACCGCAUCGCGACCUCCAAGAGUCUACUUUGCAGACAGGAAGAUGCAAGGUGUACCAGGACCUGCAAGUUCCAACCUGUGUGGAGAGAUAACAUCAGCUGGUGCUGCAGGAAUGUAGUGUGGAUGCGCUUCUGCAGGGGGAAACUGAGGGGGAGGGAUGGAUGGGGGUCUCAGGUCCCUAUUCAGUGAAGAAAAAUAAAAGGUCCCCCACCCAGACCUCGGGGUAUAGAGGUUGAGGUUAAGUACCGAAAAACAUACCUUUUCCUUCCCCCAUCUUGAGGCUAAGAGAGAGUCUCUUGCAAAAUUCCUCUUCCUCUUUCUGCCCCGUUGAGCUGGACCUAGAUAUACUUUAUAGUUAUUUGUAGACUUUCCGUCUCUCUCUACCAUAGUGUGGUUUCCUUGAGGACAGGAGCAAGUUGUGUCUUAUUUUGCCUUUGUCUCCUCCAUAUAUACACACAGUGGGUACUCCGCCUGUGGCCGUGCUCAGUAAAUAUCUGGAGAGGAGACAGGCUAGCUCACACCUGGCUUUUCAAGUGCUGCCCAUUUGGGAAGUCUAUUAGACUGGAGUCCAGAGCCUAGUCAGUGAUUUGUUGUUUGGGACGACAGUAAUUAUUUACUAAUGGAAGCAUGAGGGGGCCCCACAUUCCUAAGUGAUAAGGAAAUAGGAAGAAGAGACAGACUAAUGAGGCUCCUUUAGUUUUGUCCCUGCUGAGCUUUCUCCAAAGGGGCUGGAUAGAGUGGGGAGGGCUCUGUCUCCUCAGAUGCACAGGGCAUUAAGAGCUCCAAGGCAUCUUAGACAUUGUCCAUUCAGCCUUAAAUAUAUUUUUAUUAGGCAUCCACUGUAUGCCAUGCAGUGUAUUACUAGGUGCUGGUAAAUUUCUUUUACAAAGAGCAUGUAGCAGGUGAAUGGCAAAGCCAAAGCUAAACUGUGCUUCUUGCUGCCUGCCUAGUGCCCCUUCUAUGACAGGUACUGCCUGUGUCCCCUGGGUCUUUGCUGAUCUGCCUUUUCCCCCUCUAGCCUUGCUCCCUCAUCCCAAGCCUGGUCCUGGGAGAAGGGCAAGAGACUGUGGGAGUGUUUGGCCUCAGCCAUCUGGUCCACUUUUCGGUAUCUGCCCAUAGGAGUCAAAGGAGGGAUUGAUUCUCCAGGCGCACACUGCCUGCAAAAUACUGCUUAUGAUGCUCUGCUGAGAGGCCGUAUAGGCAACUGGUUAAGAGCAUGGAACCGGAGCCCAGCUACCUGGGUUCGAAUGUGUGCCUUAGUUUCCUCAUCUGUAAAACAGGGAUGAUAAUAUAGUCUCUGCCCCCAUAGGGCUCUUCGGAGGAUUAAAAGCAUUAUUGUAUUUAAGUGCUUAGAAUAGCACUUGGCCCACAGUGUAAGCACCACAUAAGUGUUUGCUUUUAUAUUUUAUUUAAAAAUUUUUUCAAUCCAGCUGAGCCUAACCAGAUCUGGGUAUGAGAAUGAAUGGAUGGAGCUAUGAUGGGGUAUAGAACUUUACAACACAUCCCAGUGGCUGGGUGAUUCCCAGAAGUGUUUAUCUUUGGUCCUGGCCCAGAUAGAAGUAUCAAGCUAUUUGAGAGGCCUUCUACUCUGGGGUAUAUGAGCAGCUGAGUAGGGUGUCAGUAUGUUCCACUUGAACUCAUUUCCUCUUCAAGUGGGAAGGUCAGCUUGGUGUCAGACUUGAUACACACCACCAUCUUUCACUAAGAGGCUCCUGAUUUUCUGACUUCCCAUCCAGCUGGACACAUGAUUAUUUGAUUUGGAACUUCUAAGUGAUCCGGAGGAGAGCAGAAACAUCCCAAGGAACCAGAAUCCAAUAGAUGAGAGGGCAGGAGGAUUGGGUCAUGAGGACAGCACUGGGUUCUGAGGCCUGGAGGACUGUCUCUUCCUGGAAAUGCAGUCCCUGCUCAGGAAGAGGAGGGGCUUUUCCCAGCUAAGGGCCAUGGCCCCUUGGCUAGGUCUAGGUUCUAUUCCCCAUCACUGUUCCCCUAAUCCCAACCCUGUGGUUCUCUCUUUCCCUUUUAUUAUAUUUUGCCACCACUUCCUCACAGAACCACAGAAUAGAAUUAUAAAACAAACAAAAAUUUGUCAUGCUUGGGAUUAGAUCUAAUGUUACAAAAAUACUUUGUGGGGUGCCUAGGUGGCUCAGUCGGUUAAGCAUCUGCCUUCGGCUCAGCUCAUGAUCCUGGGGUCCUGGAAUC